AUGAGGCUGGCCAUUGCUCUAUUCUCCUCAACCCUCUUGCUCACAGCAGCUAAUGCAGCAUCUCCAAGCGGAGCAGAUUACAUUCGCGCUCAUGGCGCUCAAGGAGUCAACCUCUGGAGGCUAGCCAACCAAAAAAGAGAAAAAGAUAGGCAUAUCAACCAAAGACCAGCUCUAGUCGUCCAAGACAACAGCAACAUCGUGUUUAAGGCGGACACUGAGGAACCCAACGAGUUCCCGGACCAAUGGUUCACGCAGCCCAUAGAUCAUUUUGCAAACUCGUCAGACACGUUUAAACAGCGGUACUGGAUCAAUACCCGACAUUAUACCCCAGGUUCUGGUGGCCCAGUGAUUGUUUUGGAUGGCGGUGAGACAAGUGGCGAGGACCGUAUUCCCUUCUUGGAUACUGGUAUCGUUGAGAUAUUGGCCAGGGCGACAGGAGGAGUCGGGAUCGUGCUCGAGCACCGUUAUUAUGGAAAGUCUAUACCUGUCUCAGACUUCUCCACUGACAACUUGAGAUGGUUGAACAAUGAUCAAGCUGCCGCUGACUCGGCUCGUUUCAUGGCGAACGUGACGUUUACUGGCAUUGAUGAGGAUCUGACAGCUCCGAAUACCCCGUGGAUAUACUAUGGUGGUUCCUAUGCCGGCGCUCGAGCAGCUCAUAUGAAAGUUCUAUAUCCUGAUCUCGUCUACGGCGCAAUUGCUUCCAGCGGCGUGACGCACGCUGCGCUAUCAAACUGGGAGUAUUUUGAGAUCAUUCGAAACGCUGCAGACCCCACAUGCGCUGGGCAACUCGAGCAUGCCACCCUAACAAUCGACGCCCUCCUGGGCGUGCCUUACGCAAAGCACCAUAUCAAAUCAUUGUUUGGUCUCGAAGAUCUCGCGUAUGACGAUGAUUUCGUUUCCGUUUUGGAGGCCCCCCUUGGUUAUUGGCAAGCUAAAGUCUGGGACCCUGCUGUAGGGAGCACCAAGUUCGACGAGUUCUGUGCUUUCUUGGAUAAGCCUAUCCUUGGAUAUGGUAGUGUUUCGUCGUUACCCGUCGGUCAUGAAGAUCGCCUCGUCCAUCUUCCUGGUGGCAUCAAGCUCGACUUCUCCAUCCUGAACUACGCUCAAUACAUCAAAGAGAAUUAUGUCUCACGAUGCGACACGUCUGUCGAGGAUUGUUUCGGUACCUACAACGAUAGCAAUUUUCUCGCCACCGGUUUAGACCAGGAAUGGCGGUUGUGGCAGUUCCAGGUUUGCACAGAAUGGGGCUACUUCUCGACCGCCCCUCCCGACCCAGCUCACCCACGAAUCAUCUCCAGGUUAUUGACACUAGAAUAUUUGUCGAAAAUUUGCAGACAGGCUUAUCCAGCUGGAAAGUACUUUAUUGUGCCCCCCAUGCCCAAUAUUACUGCUGUGAACGCAUUGGGUGAUUUUGCGAUUGCUGCUGACAGGCUAGCGAUCAUCGAUGGCGAGGUCGACCCUUGGAGACCCUGUACGCCCCACAGCGAGUACGCAGCUGACCGCGAAGAUACGAUCCUCCAACCUUUUAAGAUCAUUCCAAACGCUGUUCAUCAUUAUGAUGAGUACGGAUUGAAGAAUAUCAGUGAUGAGCCUGAGGAGAUUAGAAAGAUUCAUGGGCAGAUGAUUGUUUUCGUCAUGGAGUGGUUGAAGGGUUUCAAGGCGCCAGGUUCGCAAUGA